UAGAGAUAAGAACUCUUGCUAUACUUAAGUCAGUCGAUUUUGGGAGAUUAGAAGCGUCGGUCAUCGCCACGUACUUACAAUUCGCCUCAUUAAGUGCAGACCGCACAAGCCCUAAUAUAAUUAAUAAACAUACACUAAUAAAUAUAUUGAAAAUUUAUUCAACAAUAAUUUUACGCAGGCGUCACGAUACCGUGACACUUUAAAUGCCAAAGCCUUGGCCAAUCUCAACAGUUGUCGAGAUGAGGUCGUCUCAACUGCUGGUGCUUGUUUGCUGCAUUCCCUGGCUUUUGCUGUGUGAUAGUAACUCAAUGGGAAAGGACGCUUGGCUGCGUCCUGGGUGCCACAUAGUUGGAAAUACUCGAAAAAUUACUAUACCUGAUUGUGUCGAAUUCAACAUAACAACUAAUGCGUGUCGCGGAUUCUUGGUGAGCGUUGGCCAAUGCUGCAACAUGAUGAAAUCGGAGGAGAUACAACGACGUGUGCUAUGUAUUGAAGGAAUACAAAAUGUGACUUUUAAUAGUGCAUUGUCGUGUAGUUGUUAUCACUGCAAAAAGGAUUAGACUAGAGCAGAAUAAUAAACCUGAACCAUUUCUUAAUAA